GGAGAGAAACCAUAUGUAUGUAAGCAAUGUGGGAAAGCUUUUACCCAACAUGGAAAUUGUAAGCAACAUGAAAGAAUUCACACUGGAGAGAAACCAUAUGUAUGUAAGCACUGUGGGAAAGCUUUUAACAGACGGGCAAAUUGUAAAAUACAUGAAAGAAUUCACACUGGAGAGAAACCAUAUGUAUGUAAGCAGUGUGGGAAAGCUUUUAACAAACGGGCAGAUUGUAAAAAACAUGAAAGGCUUCACACUGGAGAGAAACCCUAUGUAUGUAAGCAAUGUGCGAAAGCUUUUAACACACAGGGAGAUUUUAAGAAACAUGAAAGAACUCACACUGGAGAGAAACCCUAUGUAUGUAAGCAAUGUGGGAAAGCUUUUAACACACGGGCAAAUUGUAAAAUACAUGAAAGAAUUCACACUGGAGAGAAACCCUAUGUAUGUAGGCAAUGUGGGAAACUUCAAGUGUUGAUCCAAGUGAGGGAGCAGUUCACGCAGAUUGGGAUGGGAUUCCAUGUCUCGGCGGAACUUGCUGGCAAGCCCCACUCGCUGGUCCCGGCAGGAAUCUGCGGCCUCAUCCCCGGGUGA